GCAGAGGGUGCGUCUCGAUAAAGUUGCUUUUCUUUGUGCAACACUGCGUUCCGGCCCCAAGAAGUGCUCUUUUGUCCACUGUGGAGCUUGGCCCCGAAAAGGUGUGGACAAAGUGCAUCUCCGUGCGCGUGAUGAGAGUGGUCCUCUGGUGAUUGAAAGAGGAGCCCGUGUGUGCGUGCAAGAGUCGCCCGGGGGAAGUCUUUUGUGGGGUGUUCACAAUCUUUGGGUGGUUGAAUGACCAGCAAGUGCGAGGCAAAACCGGAUCCGGAGCGAGUCUGAGUUGGGUCUCCUGAAUGUUCUUGAGCUGCGCCACAGGUUCAUCAGCCUCCCAGCGUUGCGGAUGAACGAAUCACGCAAAAUACUGAGGUGGAUUUGAGGUUAUGACGCCACGAAGGGUGUGACGCCUGUCAGAGGGAGAAAAGUCGUCUGGGAUCACCCCAAGUCGCUGCGAGAGCAUUCCUGAUUGAGUUCUGCUGUGGAUUAUCACCUUCCGGACAGCUGAAUCCCUGGAAGUGCCGCGCGUGUGUGUGUGUUGCGUGUUCUUUAUGCUGGGAAACUGGUAGGCUUUCCCGGAAAUACGGGUACAGUGCAAAUUGAUACAAAACUCCUGUAUCUGCAGGCAGAUUGUGACGGUGAAUCCCAACAUCUUGUGUUGUGUACGAAGUGUAAUGGUAGCUUGAGAGUCCUGUCGUGAAAAUUCCGUGUUCGUGUUCCAAGAAACCAAGUGAAUCGUCUUCUUCCAACCGAUUGAGCCGCCCAUGUACGUGAUCUGAUGGCGGCCGUUGGUGGCCCCACAAGGCAGUCGCGGGUCUCCAUGAGUGUUUCCAUGUCGCUGGUCCAGGGAGGAGCAGCCGGAGCGCCCCAGGGUGCCAUAUUGGCUGCCGCUGCUCCUUACUAUCAGCCUCCGGCCGUGCCGCAAGAUGUCCAGCCCGACCGUCCGAUCGGAUAUGGAGCUUUUGGUGUUGUCUGGGCUGUCACUGAUCCACGAGAUGGUCGUCGAGUGGCUCUCAAAAAGCUGCCGAAUGUCUUUCAAUCGUUGGUUUCAUCGAAACGUGUUUUUCGGGAGCUCAAGAUGCUGUGCUUCUUCAAGCAUGAAAAUGUUCUCUCGGCCCUGGACAUUUUGCAACCACCUCAUUUGGAUUUUUUCCAAGAAAUUUAUGUGAUAACCGAACUUCUGCAGUCUGACCUCCACAAGAUCAUUGUGUCGCCUCAACAUCUUUCCGCGGAUCACAUAAAGGUGUUCCUGUACCAAAUUCUGCGUGGACUCAAGUAUCUCCACUCGGCGCGCAUUCUGCAUCGCGACAUCAAGCCGGGCAAUUUGCUGGUGAACAGCAACUGCGUCCUUAAGAUCUGUGACUUUGGGCUGGCGCGCGUCGAGGAGCCAGAUCAGAGCAAGCACAUGACACAGGAAGUCGUCACGCAGUACUAUCGUGCACCGGAAAUCCUCAUGGGGGCGCGUCACUACUCAGCUGCCGUGGACGUUUGGUCGGUGGGAUGUAUCUUUGGCGAGUUACUGGGCCGCCGGAUUCUGUUUCAGGCCCAAAGUCCAGUUCAACAGCUCGAGCUGAUUACAGAACUGCUCGGAACACCAUCAAUGGAGGAUAUGCGACAUGCGUGCGAGGGUGCUCGAUGUCAUAUGUUGCGAAGGGCGGCGAAACCACCCACUCUGUCGGCACUGUACAGACUCAGUACGCACGCGACCCACGAGGCUGUUCAUCUACUAUGUCAGAUGUUGGUCUUUGAUCCGGACAAGAGGAUAUCAGUGAUUGACGCCCUGGCGCAUCCCUAUUUGGACGAGGGUCGCUUGCGGUAUCAUUCGUGCAUGUGCAAAUGCUGCUUCACAACUUCAGCCGGAAUGCGACAGUACAUCGUGGAUUUUGAGCCGUCGGCAGCGCAGCCCUUUGAUGAUCUCUGGGAGAGGAAACUCACGUCAGUGCAACAGGUGAAAGAGGAAAUGCACAAGUUUAUAGCGGAGCAACUUCAGACCGGACGAGUUCCGCUCUGCAUAAAUCCUCAGAGUGCGGCGUUCAAGAGUUUCGCCAGUACUGCAGAACUUGAUCAACAGCAGCUACUGCAGCUUCAGCAGCAUCAACAGCAACAGCCUAGCCAUCAAUUCAACCAACUCAACUAGUAUCGACCCUCCCGAUAUCAACAUAUCUCCAAUCAUCAACUCAAUGUUCUCAUCUCCAGGCGCCUAGUUCUACUGUGGCUCAUCCUUCAGAAUUACCACCGUCUCCUCAUCAAUGGGAAUGACAUCACAAUGAAGCGGUUGCUGCCUAAAAUUCUCCCAAUGUGACAAGUCUUCGUCUGAAUUCCACAGGACACGUGAGACCACAAUCCUUCUGUUCUACUCUCAUCCUCCACACAUGUUUUAGUCGAUUUUCUAUGUGCCCUUUUUACUGAUAUGAAUAUAAAAUGACGAGGCAGAGAGUCAAAAUGAAAUGCUGAAUUGCCGUGUGGUUUCAUCACAUAAAUCCAUAAUAUUAUUGAUAAUGAUUCUUCAAUUGAUAUGCGUGUGCAUCAUAUUUGAAAAGUGGUUAAUACACUUUGGCAGCAUUAUUGAUUUUCCCUUCUCACACAAUUAUUAUUUCAUCUGCCAAUUUACCGAAAAGCAAUGGACGCGUUUCAGCGAGAGUAUAAUUCUGUAUAAAAUUGUGAUAUAUUUGAUGAGAAGAUGUUGACAGCAAUUCUCUCACGCGCAGUGGUUUUAUGUGUAUGAAGUCACAAUGCAGCGAAAAAAAUUGGCUAAACUUGCAUUGUACGCAUUUGAUAAAGUGACCAAAAAAGUGUAAUGCCUCGAUGUAGUGUAAUUUCAAAAUUUUUUUUUUACAAUUAGUCGACAAAAUAGGGUUUUUUGUCCUCUGCGCACCAUUUAUUAUUGACAUGAAAUUAUGAUGAAAAUAUUGAUAAUCUGUAUCUUGUAAUUUAUCAAUCAGCAAAACAUAAACGUAAUAUAUUAUGGCUAGACGAUUGAGAGAAUGGGCAUUAUACAGAAAACAUUAAUAAAUACCACUUGGAAUAUCACAUGUGAAGUGAAAAUAGAUUUUCAUAUUAAAAGACACUGCCUAAUUGUUAGACCUCAGACAAAAAUGGAUGGAUAAAUAAAUACCAGAAUUCCAGCGUAUAAAAUCAAAUAGAGAGCCAAGUGCGAGAUAUUUUCCCCAUGAUUUUCCAGAGAACUGAAAAUUGAGAAGUGAAGCUAGAGAAGAGAGAAGAAAAUCAAUAUUAUAACGAGAAAAGAGUAAUAUUAGUGCAUAAUGUAAUGUUUAUCUUAUAUCUUGUACCUAAUAAUAGCGUGUCUUAAUAAUUAAUUUAGUAAAAAAAGAAGAACAAGAUAAUGGAUAGAAAAAUGUUGAGAGAUUUUCUCAGGGAUGCAAAAGUGUGCUGGUAAAGUGAAAUUCAAUUUCCUCGCAAAUUUUCGCAUCCCAAGCUUUGCGCGCACCACAAUCAAUUGAAUUCCUUGAAGGCUUUCAUUGAAAGUUAGGCGAAAAGAGGCAUUUUUCCCAUAUGGUAAACGUUACUCUCUGUGUUAUGUGAAAUUUUGGAGAAUCCACUCAGGCGGGUCCUGCACGAUGUUUUGGUGUUCUAUUUAGUAGAAGAAAAAAGCUCCAGGAUUUAAAAAAAAAGAAGAAAAUGUAAAAUGACUGAUUAAUUGUUAAUCAAUUUUGCGUUCACAAAACGAUGAGAAGCAUAAUGAGACGAAAAGAGUAGGAUGACAAAAAAAAACACUAGAAUGUGGGUGAAACAAUAAAAAAACGAAAAAGAACUGAUAAGUUUAGAGACAUUUAAUUAAACAAA